UCGCUAGUAGCAGGUAGCUAGCACUUCGUCUCUUGCAUAGUUUAGGUGCUAUAGUCUCAGUGAUCAAAACUCUAUAAAACAAUUUAAGUUAGGCCAAUAACUUAGCUUAUGUGCGGAUAACGAAUUUAGGACAUAUUUAUGUCGUUUUAUAGUUGGUUUGUAAUUAAUAUGUAACUAACUGUAGUUUCGACUCAGCUAACAUUAGCAGUUAGCGUCGGAGAAUACCGACUAUGUUACUGUAGCAUACAUUAUCUGUAUGUGCAAACUUUUACUUAGGUUCCUUAAGCAAAUUUUUCAGGAAGCACUGUGAAAUGUUAAUGAGUAUGAAUGGGACAUUCAUAAACAAAGAUACUAUCAAUGAAAGCGUUAUCUAAACUUUAAAUGAAACUUAUGAAGCAUCUGACACUUUUUGGAAACAGACUACCCAAAACACCUGAACUAGUUAUCAGGCAGAAACUACAGUUCAUAUAAUGCCGUGAGAGUAGACAGCCUGUAGAAAAACAGUUUUAUACAUUUGAAUAGUUCAUUUAAUUCAUUAGCUAUUCACCAUGGCAAGUGCCUUAGCGGCGAAAAUGGGAUUCAAUUCUCUUUUGAGAAAACAAGCCAAGAACUUCAACGUCAGAAUCUGCACAAUGGAAUCGGACAUGGAAUUCAGCUGUGAGGUCAAAUGGAAAGGAAAAGAUCUUUUUGACCUUGUGUGCCGGACUCUAGGUUUGAGGGAAACGUGGUUCUUUGGACUGCAGUAUAACAUCAAGGACACAUUUGCUUGGCUUAAAAUGGAGAAGAGAGUGCUGGAUCAGGAGGUACCGAAGGAGGAGCCAAUAACCUUCUACUUUUUAGCCAAGUUUUACCCUGAAAACGCAGAGGAAGAGCUGGUCCAGGAUAUCACACAGCAUCUCUUUUUCCUCCAGGUGAAAAAGAAGAUACUGGAAGAGGAGAUCCAUUGUCCCCCUGAGGCCUCGGUGCUGCUGGCUUCCUAUGCCGUCCAUGCCAAGUAUGGAGAGUAUGACCCCAACGUGCACAAACCUGGCUUCUUAGCUGAAGAGGAACUGUUGCCAAAGAGGGUAAUUAACUUGUACCAGAUGACUGCAGAAAUGUGGGAGGAGAGAAUCACUGCGUGUUAUGCAGAACACAGGGGCAGGACAAGGGAUGAAGCUGAGAUGGAGUAUUUAAAAAUAGCUCAGGACCUGGACAUGUAUGGCGUCAAUUACUUUUUAAUCAGGAAUAAAAAGGGAACGGAUCUUCUUCUGGGAGUGGAUGCUCUUGGUUUGCACAUCUAUGAGCCGGACAACAGGCUGACACCCAAGUGCUCCUUUCCAUGGAAUGAGAUCCGCAACAUCUCCUACAGCGACAAGGAGUUCACCAUCAAACCUCUGGACAAGAAAACCAAUGUUUUCAAGUUCAAUUCAUCACGGUUAAGAGUCAACAAGCUGAUUCUCCAGCUGUGUAUAGGGAACCACGAUUUGUUUAUGCGACGACGGCGAGUUGACUCUCUUGAAGUUCAGCAGAUGAAGGCCCAGGCAAGAGAAGAGAGGGCCAGAAAACAGGUGGAGAGGCAGCGUCUACAACGGGAGAAGCAACUCAGAGAGGAGGCUGAGAGGGCCCGAGACGAGCUGGAGAGGAGGCUGAUCCAGCUGCAGGAUGAGGCUCACAUGGCCAACGAAGCCCUGCUGCGUUCAGAGCAGACGGCAGACCUGCUGGCUGAAAAGGCCCAGAUCGCAGAGGAGGAGGCCAAGCUGCUGGCCCAGAAAGCGGCCGAGGCUGAGACGGAGAUGCAGCGCAUCAAAGUGACAGCCAUCCGUGGCCAGGAGGAGAGAAGGCUCAUGGAGCAGAAGAUGCUAGAGGCUGAGAUGCUGGCUCUCAAGAUGGCAGAGGAAUCUGAACGGAGGGCAAAGGAGGCUGAGCAGCUGAAACAGGACCUGCAGGAAGCCCGGGAGUCGGAGCGCAGGGCAAAACACAAGCUGCUAGAGAUUACAAGCAGGGAUGUCUAUACGCCCCCCGGUUUGCCAGCUGACAGCAUGCCACCCGACCUAAACUACAGCAGGGAGAACCUCAGCUUUGACUUUAAAGACACUGACAUGAAACGCCUCUCCAUGGAGAUAGAGAAGGAGAAGGUCGAAUACAUGGAAAAGAGCAAGCACCUGCAGGAGCAACUGAAUGAGCUGAAGACAGAGAUCGAAAGUCUGAAGCUCAAAGAGAGGGAGACUCCUCUGGACAUCAUUCACAAUCAGAACACUGAGCAGGGGACCAGCAAGCACAGCAACUUCAAAAAGUUAACACUACAGAGCACCAAGUCCAGAGUGGCCUUCUUUGAGGAACUUUAAAUCAUGUAUGGGUUGAGGUGAGUAGCCACUACCUCACCAGGAACCUGCUAUUUCUACAUUCCUGGUCAGUUUUAGUGACUGACCACACUAAAUGGCCUUCUAUUCUACAUCCUGGAAACCACUAAGAAACACGACAGACAAAGAAAAGGACCACUGCCUCCAUCUGCACCAACUAUUGCGCACUAAGAAGAUGCAUGCACUAAAUCUGGGAUUCAUGAAG